AUGACGGCAGCACCAGCGACCACGGCACCGUUGAAUGCAGCAGCAGCAGCAGCAGCAACCCAACAAGAUGGAGCAGGAGUGUUUCAGGUCGACAACGUCGAUUCCGAGGUUGAACAACCCGCCGCCCCCGCAGCAGCAGUAGCACCAGCGCCUGCGGUGACCGCGAGAGAGGCCCUCCGGCACAGCUUUACCGUCGGGCUCUCCGGGGGUGGAGCCACCGUCUUCAGCGUGGCCACCAUGAUGUGGCUCCACACCAUCAUCACAUACCAGCAGCGCCACGGCACAAAGUUCGGGGAAACAUGCAAGAUACUUUGGCGACAGGGCGGGCCGCGACGAUUCUACCGCGGCGUGCUGCCGUCCCUGGCGUCGGCGCCUCUCUGCAGGUUCGGUGACACCCUCAGCAACGAACUGGCGAUGGUUUGGUUCCACGGGCAGCAACAGAGAAGAAGCUCGGGAGGGGGAAGCGGCACCACAAUAAGCGGGGGGCGGGGCGACCGGGUUGACACCAAGCUGCCGGUGUGGGUGGCGACGUUUUUGGGGUCGAUGGGAGCGGCGGCGUUCCACGCGGUGGUUGUACCGUUGGAUACCUACAAGGUAAUCAUGCAGGUGGACGGAAAGGAGGGUCUGGCCGUGAUGAAGAAGCGAAUAGCGACGCGCGGCCCGGUCGCGGUCUACGACGGGGCGCUGGCGUUCGCGGGGGGGUCGCUGAUGGGGCACUACCCUUGGUACUUGACGUACAACUUGUUGGAGCAGAGCCUUCCAAGAACAAGGAAAGGCGAGGGGAGGAGCCGGAGAGCUCGGAGCGCCUUCAUUGGUGCAGCGGCAUCGAUAGUCUCGGCGGCGGCGUCGAACGCUUUUCGCGUCCUCAAGGUUUACAGACAAUCGCACGACCGGCCGGAUGGACUGUCGUACGCGAAGUCGAUCAAGCAGAUCAUCAAGAAGGACGGGGGGGGCACGCGGGGGGUGCUGGGGGUGUUUGGGAGGGGGCUGGGAGGAAGGGUGGCGGCGUCCUCGUUGCAGGGACUGGUGUUCAACAUGAUUUGGCAGGAAAUGGCCGCUUGGAGCAACGACGAGAGAUGA